GGCGCUGCCAGACUAAAACCCCUCCGGGUUCGUUCUGAUGUCACGGAGGUCGUUUAACUUGGUCUCUUCUCCUAACUUAGUCAUCUUUGACUCACUUUGUCGAGUGCGGAUGUUAUAGUGUUGGUUUGAACAGCAAAGUGUUAGAAAGACUUACAUCACAACUUUUCCAGUGAUUCCUCAUUCACCCCCACAACAGUCACCCACAGUCUGGACACCCGGGGCAGAUGGCACGUAGGAGGAAAUGGUGAAGGCGGAAUCUGCUGGGCUCACAUAAUGAAAUGUACCAAGUAGUGUGCCGUAAUUCCUCAAUAAAGCGCAGACGAGCCCAUUACCUUUAGUGCCACACUGGCUUGGCAGCGUGGAACAAUGCCUAUUAUGAUAAACAAAAGCCCCCCCCCUAUAAGAUCACACCUCAGCCAACUGCUUUAAGAGAAUGUGUUUUUAUCACGUUGCUGUCUGAACUCUCCUCUGUUGUGAAGUGCUUUUAAAGGGAAACUCACAACACCCCUUUAUGCAGGCUUGAGGACGUUUCCUGCUAAUUAAAAAGGCUUUUAUUCCACGCUGCUCUGCUACAUUUGACAUUUGGGGUUAGAAAGCAGGCAUCCCUCUCUCUUUCUCUCUUUUUUUUGCCUUUGUGCAGCUCGUCUGCGAGCAUCCUCGCCCUUUCUUUUAGCCCACACCCACGCAGGUGACCAGAAGGGGGCCUCAUGUGGGUGGACAACUCAAUGGUGACCCCUCCUCCCCUUCCCCACUCCCCAUCUUUCUUUUUUUACUCUCAGCAUCCCUCCGUCCCCCUCCCCUCAUCUUCCUUCUGGUUCUGCAUCCAGCAGUGAGCUUAAAAGGAAGAAAAAAGGGGCCCGAGAGAAGGAAAAGUCCACCUCGCUCUGUUGUGUGAGAAAAAACAAAUGAAAAAAGGGUUUAAAUUCAAAUAAUUAAAAAAAAAUCUUAUUUUAUGAAGAUGAGAAAUUGAGCGCCACAAACAGUUUUUUAGCCAAAUUACGUCCGCAGAUGCGAAAGGUGUGCUCCUUCGGUUAUUUGACGUCAAGAAAUAAUUAAAAAAUGUGUAAUGAAAACUGUUACUCAUGGCGAUAAACCCACAAAGAAGCAGUUCCCCUCAACGGUGCCAAACAUUUGAGUGUCUUUUUGGCAUCAUGGUGCUUUUACCGCCUGUAGCAGUACUAUUUUAGCUCACUCUCUACGCUCUCAGCAACUUUGUUUCCAGUAAAAGAGAGCAGACGUGUGUGUGUGUGUGUGUGUGUGUGUGUGUGUGUGUGUGUGUGUGUGUGUGUGUGUGUGUGUGUGUGUGUGUGUGUGUGUGUGUGUGUGUGUGUGUGUGAAUGUUUCACAAAGCUGAACCUCCACAGCAGCACAGUUGCUGCUUAGUCUUAACAUUUGUUGGAGAAUUUAGCGAGUAAAGAUGUAAGAAGCUGGUAAAAAGAUAAAUACUUGAUAACUUUAGACACUUUAGAUAUUUUCACAAACAUAUAUUUAUAUAUUUAAAACACUUUAGUCAAUAUAAAUAGUCGUUUGAUGAGUAGUAAAUAAUUUGGGUAUUUCAUCAGUUGAUCAGUAAAUAAGAAAACCAUCAAACGCGUGUGUCACGUUUCUACUGCUGAUCCUGAAAGUCCGAGUCAUCACAUCUGAGAAGCUGAAACCAGCACUGUUCUCAAGCAAAAACUCAAAUGAUCCAGACUCAAAAAUCAAAAUACUUCCAGAAUCUUCAAAUUUUCAAAAAAUAAUAAAAAAAAGCAACAAUAAACAAACAAAACAGGCGAGAAAAGUAGAAAAUAUUGUAAAGAAAAUGCAUUUAUCAGGAUUAUUUUCUCAAUGAUCGUGCGUGUUUACUUCUCAGCUUCAUAUUGUUGGUGCAACAAACAAUCCAAAAACACUGGAAAAGGACCAGAUUCGUCAUAACCACCUAAUAAAUCUUGCUGGGCCAAUGACAGCACUGCCCUCCUAUGGGAGAAAACAGCAAGGAGCUGAUACUAGACUCAUCAGCUAUUCUAUAUGGAUUCUAUCAUUAAAAUUUGUGGUUGUCUACUGGAAGAUUUCCAAGACCAGUACAUACAGGUCCGUCUCAAAAAUUAGCAUAUUGUGAUAAAGUUCAUUAUUUUCUGUAAUGUACUGAUAAAUAUUAGACAUUCAUAUAUCUUAGAUUUAUUACACACAACUAAAUUAGUUAAAACCUUUUAUUGUUUCUAAUAUUGAUGAUUUUGGCAUGCAGCUCACUAAAACCCAUAAUUCCUAUCUCCAAAAAUGAGCAUAUCAUGUAAAGGUUCUCUAAACGAGCUAUUAACCUAAUCAUCUGAAUCAACUAAUUAACUCUAAACACCUGCAAAAGAUUCCAGAGGCUUUUAAAAACUCCCAGCCUGGUUCAUUACUCAAAACCGCAAUCAUGGGUAAGACUGCCGACCCGACUGCUGUCCAGAAGGCCAUCAUUGACACCCUCAAGCAAGAGGGUAAGACACAGAAAGAAAUUUCUGAACAAAUAGGCUGUUCCCAGAGUGCUGUAUCAAGGCACCUCAGUGGGAAGGAAAAAGCUUGGCAGAAAACGUUGCACAAGGAGAAGAGGUGACCGGACCCUGAGGAAGAUUGUGGAGAAGGAUCCAUUCCAGACCUUGGGGGACCUGCAGAAGCAGUGGACUGAGUCUGGAGUAGAAACAUCCAGAGCCACCGUGUACAUGCAUUUGCAGGAAAUGGGCUACAGGUGCCACGUUCCCCAGGUCAAGCCACUUUUGAACCAGAAACAGCAGCAGAAGCGCCUGACCUGGGCUACAGAGAAGCAGCAUUGGACUGUUGCUCAGGGGUCCAAAGUACUUUUUUAGGAUAAAAGCAAAUUUUGCAUGUCACUCGUAAAUCAAGGUGCCAGAGUCUGGAGGGAGACUGGGCAGAGGGAAAUACCAAAAUGCCUGAAAUCCAGUGUCAAGUACCCACAGUCAGUGAUGGUCUGGGUGCCAUGUCAGCUGCUGGUGUUGGUCCACUGUGUUUUAUCAAGGGCAGGGUCAAUGCAGCUAGCUAUCAGGAGAUUUUGGAGCACUUCAUGCUUCCAUCUGCUGAAAAGCUUUAUGGAGAUGAAGAUUUCAUUUUUCAGCAUGACCUGGCACCUGCUCACAAUGCCAAAACCACUGGUAAAUGGUUUACUGACCAUGGUAUUACUGUGCUCAAUUGGCCUUCCAACUCUCCUGACCUGAACCCCGUAGAGAAUCUGUGGGAUAUUGUGAAGAGAAAGUUGAGAGAAGCAAGACCCAACACUCUGGGGAAGCUUAAGGCCGCUAUCGAAGCAUCCUGGCCCUCCAUAACACCUCAGCAGUGCCACAGGCUGAUUGCCUCCAUGCCACGCCGCAUUGAAGCAGUCAUUUCUGCAAAAGCAUUCCCGACCAAGUAUUGAGUGCAUAACUGAACAUAAUUAUUUGAAGGUAGACUUUUUUGUAUUUAAAACACUUUUCUAUUAUUGGUCGGAUGAAAUAUGCAAAUUUUUGGAGAUAGGAAUUUUGGGUUUUCAUGAGCUGUAUGCCAAAAUCAUCAAUAUUAGAACGAACAAAAGGCUUGAACUACUUCAGUUGUGUGUAAUGAAUCUAAUGAGAAGCAAAAGAGAAGAAAAAGGGCAAAUUCUUUCUUUUUCAUUAAACAAAAACAACCUGUUAGGACUUUAAAGCGUCAGACUUAUUAGCUAGACAGUCCUGUCUCCACAUGUUUCCCUAACCCAAACAUCUCAGAACAACAGACACAAUCUGACAAUAAUCUGCAAAGAGAAUUAGAGUUGGUGUUGAUUGACAAUUUUAAAACCUUAUGUGUGUUUUAUGAAUGCUGCAAAUGCUUUAAGCAUAAUCACAGCAAAUUUCUGCCUGAAGCUGGAGUUUGUAAAGUCAUCAUCACCAUCAUCAUCAUCAUCAUCAUCAUCAUAUGUGUGUGUGAAGCUAACAAGCAAUUCAGAUUGAAGCUGCCAGGCCUUUCUAGGUCAGCUGAGCGCGAUACGAGGCUGUCAUCACUCUGCAGACUAAAUAGGUCAGGCUAACGAGAGGGGAGUUUCGACAUGGCAUCUUGUGCUUCAUCGCAUCUCACCACAAAACAACCUGAAGACUGCUGAUUCUGUAAACCACUGGGUCAAUGACUGCUUGAAGCGACGGUGUCGAAUGUUCUCUGUGCCCGUCAAAGUUUGUGACGCUUUUAAAAACCAGAAAUGAGUGUCGUCUUGCAGGGUGAAGAACGUUUAGAUCUAAGUUGAUGUGUGAUUGAGGAUCAGGUGUUAUAGUGGAUUCAGAUGGAGAGAAGGAUUUGUGAAGCUGUUGGGGAAAUAGUUAAUAUAAUAUAAUGGUGUUCAACACUGGCAAAAUUCAUAUAUAUGCAGCGAGCCAGCUCCGGGGGUUACAAAGGAAAGCAGGAAUGCUCUGCACCAGUUAAGAACAUAUACACACUCACACACAUAUCAAGACAUCUGCUUUAUGGUCAAGGUUAAUUAUAACCUAAUGUAAAAUCUUUAUCUUCAGCUUCUAACAGACUUCCUGCCCUCGAUUUGGAAGCCACAGGUUACAAAACACCCCCCCUUUUGUACCAAGUAUAUAAACAAGCAGGAGUCAUAUGUACUUAUUGUAGUUCUGUGUGGGAUCGACAAGAUGACUCCCAGAGGCAUCACUAUGGCAACCGUUCUCCUCUUCUUUGCUGUUGGGAUGCUCGGCCCGACUCCGGCUGCCUGUUCUCGCCUGGGAAAAGCUUGUUGUACAAGAUACAACAGGAAGCCAGUUCCCUUCACGCGUAUAAAGGGCUACAGAGAACAAACCGCCCAGGAAAACUGUCGCAUCGAGGCAAUCAUUUUCUACACCAUCAAUCACUAUGAGGUUUGUGCCACUAAGCAAGACGAGUGGGUAAAGAACGCUUUGCUGUUUCUCAGCACAAAACUGAAGAAGAUGUCCAAAGCCAAUCCAGAUGAAAGAGAAAGCAUAACCAACGCUGAAGGCAUUUCCAAUGAAAACGACAUGUUCUUCAACACCAUCACCGGUUUCCAACACAGCAAUGGGAAUUUUGAUUAACAAAUGUUUUUUUCCUGUAUGGCAAGAAGUUUAAGAAAAUGUUAAUCCUAUAAAAUCGCUCCAUGUUGAGUAAACAACCUCUUACAAAGCUAAAUUCUUUGCAUUUUUGCAGCAUCUGCAGACUCCUUCAUGUUGAUUUAUUAAACAAACUCAACAGUGAUUUCUUUAAUGGAAAUGCAGAUCAUUUGUCUACAUAUUUGCACAAGUCCAGAUUUUUGUUUUGAAAACUUUUUUAAAUUAACUUUUCAUUAAUAAAAUCUGCUGCUUUGUCAAGUUAAAGUGCUUAAGCAUAAUAAACUCAAUGCAUAAAGAAAUAAAUCUUUAUCAAACUGCU